UUUUUGUAGUAUAUUCAAUGAGCUUUUAGGAGUUAUAUGGGUCUGGUCUGGAUUGAUUGCUUCAUUUCACUGUUGUAAAUAGUUAUUAGCAAUCAGUGAGUUGAGCAUCUUCAGAAGGGAAUUGGGUUUAACACCCCAGCCCUUAGGCUUCCCGCCCCACUUAAAGUGGGGAAAUUACCGGAAACCCUCAGGAUUAAUAUCGGUAAAUGAUUUUCCGAUACGUAUCGGUUUAUCAUUUACCGAUUCGUAUUGAUAUAACAGCAUCAGAUAGGUUUUGAAACAUAAUUUUCAAAACCCAUUUCCCUCCCCAAAUCACUCCCUCUUCAAAUCUCUCCCAAACUUGCGUUCGGUCCCAUCAUCAUCAAAGCUUCCUCAAAGCUCCGGAACUCCCAUUCCAUUACAUUCAAAAGGAGAAUGAAGGGCGGGAGGAAGAGGUCUCGAUCUUCUACAGUCGAUGAUGCAGAGGAUCGCCACGAGCGCUUGCAUGCUUCUACGCGUCGCGGCGACCAUCGAGCAGCUAGUCAGGCGGUUGAGGCUUCGGCCCCGUCUCCGUCUCCGUCUGCUACUCCGGCCGGGGCUCCGUCUCCGUGUCCGUCUGCUACACCUCCGUCAGGUGGUCCAUCUACUACAGCUCCGUCAGGUACUCCGGCUGAGCCUCAGCCUCAUCCUACUCCGGUCUCUCCGAUGGUUGAGUUACCUCUUGAGGAGACAUCUGGCGAGCAGUCUUCUUCGGAGCCCAGUGGCGAGGAGUCUGCUUCUGAGACUGCUUCUGAGGCCAGUGGUGAGGAGGAGGAGCCUCUUAUUCUCCAGGAGGAGAUUGAUGCUGCUGAUGCUGUGCCAGAUGUGGUGGCAGAGGGCGGCGCGGAUGACGACCUCAUCCAGAGGGUGGCACCGUUUCCCGGGGGGCCUGAGGAUCUGUCGCUUCUUGCGCAUAAGGCAUAAAACAAGGCAUAAACA